UGAAUCAACUAAGUUUAUGAGGUCAUCUUCAUAGAACCAACCUCGUAGUUUCUUAGCUGGUCUCUUUGAAAUUGCUAGAACUCACACAACACGUAUCUUCAAAACGCGCUCUACGUCAAUUAUAGUACAUAAUCAACAACAAUACUAUUUAUAGCCAACAAGAGAAACAAAAACAUCAAGAGGGUUCAACCUCCUUAUUAAUGGCUGAAUUAGCACCCUCUUCUUCUUGUUGGCGUAAGAUGAAGAUUGUGGAAUAUGAUCAACACUUGAUUAAUGAGUGUGAUGUGGAUGCAGCUCAAAAGCUUAUGGAUCUUAGUGAUGAAGAGAAGAGCAACAACAACAUUAGAGGAAGAGCAAGCAAGAGGAUGCGAAGCAACAGGCAAGAAGAAGAAGAAGAAGAAGAAGAAGAAGAAAAAAAGCAACAAAGUGAUGAUAUUGUAAUGGCCAAGAUACAAGAGAUUUUUGGGAAAGAUGUUGAAGUUUUUCCUAUAGUUAAGAAACAAAGGAGAUAUCGUUCUCUUGUGAAUAUUUACAUGGUUACUACACCUAUUAAUAAUGAUACAAGGGUGAGUGCAUGAUGACAAUGAAUUGAGAACUAAGAACGUAGCUAGCUUUAACUUUCCUGAUAAUAAUUGUAUGAUGGGUCACUCCCAGGAUUUUGUAUUUUCUCAUGGAAAAUGGAAAAUAAUAUAUGUUCAGUACUACUUGAGUGCCAAAAAAAAAUGCUAAGUGCUACUUUCGUUUUUAA